AUGGAAAUCCCCACUAUAAAUUAAUUAGAUUUAAGUAUUGAUUAAUAGCAUAUAAAUUAAAGUCAGCCUUAGAGUAAUAAAAAUUUAAGAGUAAAACAUAGUAAUGUGAGCAUAGGUUCUAUUUUAUUUAAGUAAUUUAAUAUCUGCAGCAUAACAUUUCCAUUGUCUAUAGUACUUCUGUUAUACUUUUGGAUUUUAUUUAUCUAUUAAUAAGUGAGUGAUAAAUUAUUGAGUUGUGUUCUAUAUGAUUGUGGGGCUAAGUUUCGGCCAGAUAUUUUACAUAGAAGUUAAUUUUAUAGAAUGUUAAUCUCAAUCCCUUAAUUCGGAGGAAUCAGUCAUAUGAUUAUAGGUUUCAUAACAAUUUAAAUGUAUGGAUAUAUCUCUGAAUAUAAAUAUGGAAAAUGGAAAUAUAGUCUAAUACUCUUUUUAUCAGGCUACUCUAGUAAUUUAUUAAGCUCUUUAGUUUAUCCUUAUAAUUUAACUGUAGGAGGUUAUGGGAUUGUAUUUGGAACUAUUGUACUCUAUGGCUUUAUUAUUAUUUAAUAGAAAUAAAUGGGAUAAUACAAGAAGUUAAUAAUAGGGAUAUAUUUUUUAGUAUUUUGCAUUAAUUUUAUUCCCAUUAUAUCUACAAAUCAAAUAGAUAUUGCAUGCAUUUUUGGAGGCAUUCUCUCAACUCUAUUUAUGGGAAUCUAUUUUUAAACUUUUUCAUUUAAUCGAGGAAACUAUAUAUCAUAUGGAGCUUUGUUAUUAGAAUUAAUUUAUUUAAUCACUGGUACAAUCUUGAUUUUAAUAAUGGAAGUUGAUGAUAUACAAAUAAGUAGGUUUUGUUGA